AUGAUGGCGAAAUGCUUUGUUGCUCCUUCCGUUGAACCUAUGUUUCAAACCUUCAAUGGCCUUCAACCCCUUGCCGAAACGCGUCAUUUCAAGGCUUGGUUCUUGGAUCAAUUCGGUGUCCUUCAUGAUGGCAAGCAACCUUACCCAGGCGCGAUUUCAACAUUGGAAAAGCUGGCAACAACUGGUGCCAAGAUGGUGAUCAUAAGUAAUUCUUCAAGACGUGCAUCAACAACAAUAGAGAAAUUGAAGAACCUAGGCUUUGAUCCUUCUCUCUUUGUGGGAGCCAUCACUAGUGGGGAAUUAACACAUCAGUACUUGCAAAGGAAGGACAAUGCUUGGUUUACUGCUCUUGAGUCUUGCAUUCAUAUGACCUAGAGUGAUAGGGGUGCUAUAUCUCUUGAGGGUUUGGGCCUACAAGUUAUUGAGAAUGCUGAAGAAGCUGAUUUUAUCUUAGCCCAUGGCACCGAAGCCUUGGGGCUUCCUUCAGGUUUGGUAUGUUGGCAAAGAUAUGGCAAUAGGGAGUUUUGCCAGAACAUUUGCUGA